AUGCAGGCCACCGUGGAGCCGUCGCCGCUGCCGCCUGUUGUUGGCGGUGCGGUGGCUGCGGCUGCAUCAACAACGGCGCUGACGCAGCACGGUCUGCGUGCGUUACCCACUUCCACCACGACGAUUGGAUCGGCUGCGGCAUCAACUGCAGACACCGCAGACGGCACGGUGGCAUCGCUCAUUGUAGUUCCCACGGUGGGGGCAGGAGGACGAGGAGAGGAAGGCAGCAACUCGAACUCCAGUCGACGCCGCAGCCGCGGCUUUAGCGCACUGCUGGCCCGCUUUGCACCUCAACAGCAUCCGCCCCCGCAGCGGCAUUCCUUCUCGCCCUUUCACAGUCUCUACACGGUCCCCUCCCCCGACACCGUCAACUCUAGCACCCCCCUACCGCACCUGGAGACCGUAACGGACUGGGAGGUGCUGAUGCGGUCGGAUGCGAUGGCGGAAUUGCGGGAGCGGCAGCGCCUCGACACGGCGAACGUCACCGCAGCCGAUCUGCCGAACCCACCUUCGGUCGGCUUGCCGCUGGGGAACAAGAUCCGCCCCAGCAGUCAGGCGAGAGAUGACCUGCACAGCACCAGCGUCAGCAGGAGCGGCUACAAGGGCUUCUCGCCUUACCAGAAGAAUUCAAAGGACACGGCGAGACGGGCAAACAGCAGCGGUAACAUCGUACGGGACGCAGCGACCGCGGCGGCAGCCGGCCUGCAGUCCCCGGCGCGACGCACCUCACACACGCCGAGUCCGCUGCUGCCGCUGCGGUUGCCGCCCGUCUCCCUUGGCCGGUCCAUCCAAAGCCACAUGUGCAUCGAUGACGUCGUCGCCUCAUGCACGCUGCAGAGCGUCGCGCCCCUCCCUUGGCAGUCCGCCCGCUACCCCGACGGUGACCGCAGCGGGAGCAGUCACAUCAGCGCGCACAACUCGCUCCCGCCGCACAGCGGCGACGUCAGCGGCAGAGGCGCGUUUCGUCUGCCGGACGGCAACAACAAUAACAACGGUGUCUCCCGUACUGCUCGUUUAACCGUGCCAGGCGAGAUGCCGCCCGGUGCGCGGACGCGAAGUGUGGACUACGCGGCGGGCACAGUGGACACGCAAGACAGUGACGGAGCGUGCUUAAGCGUUCCGCCCGCACGUCCUCAGCUGGCCAGUACGCUGACCGACGUCGCCGACGUGUCCUUCAGCUCGCCGUACUCUUUAAGGAGGGACAGCACCUCCGCACUGUGGCUUCCGAGCCACAACUCCGCACCGCAAGUCCAGUUGAGCGUCCCCGGCUGCCACAAGGACGUGCCGCGAAUCGCCGGCGGCAAAGGCGAGGGCGACGCGGCGACGGAUCACGUGCGGGCCGGUCGGCAUCAACUUCACAGUGUCACCGGUGCGAAGCGCAACGUCGUGGACGCCUCUUCACCCUUCACGACGGUGGUGACUCCCGCCAUCAACCCCGACACGGCGGACCCCGCAAACGAGGCGACGAUCGACGGUGACGAGCACGUCUUCCCGCCGCAGCAGCAGCAGCGAGAGGAACGCGCACUGUCCUUCUCACCCUCCUUACACCACGGCGUCAACAUGGCCACCACGACUACUGGCACCGGCACCACCGCCUCUCCUUUCUUCUCCCCGCCCCCACCAGCGCAGCUGCCCAUUCCACACCUUCCGCGUCCGCUGCCCGUCCGCGCGUGUAAUUCGCAGGCGGCGGCGCUCGUGGAGCUGCGGGUACGCUCGGCGCAGCACGCCGCGUUGAUUCAGCGCAUUCGCAUCCCCACGCUGCUCCUGCACGCACGCGACGACCCGGUGGCCCCGCCGUCGACGCUGCCGUUUUCUCUCCUGCAGGCGAACCCGUGGAUCAGCACCGUGCUGACGCGGCGCGGCAGCCACGGGGUGUUUAUGGAGAGCGCCAGCGAUGUCUGGCGGAGGCCUUUUCUCGUCCUGCGGGAAGAGGCAGCGCAGACCCGCGGUCACCGCGAGGGUCGGGGUAAGCAGCGUGCAAACGACACCUCCACCGCCAACGCAGCGACGACGGCGGCGACGACGCACCGCUGCGACAUCAACGACAGCAGUCGAAAAAGUGACGGCGCUGACAAGGAUGACUGCUGCUCCACUUGGGGUGGCGACGGCGGGGAGGCAUCUCCUCUUCCCUCUCUUGAAAAGGAAAGGGCCGCACACGCGACGCAGUGGCGGCUGCGCAUUGCGGGGACGACGUGGGUGGAGCGGCUGCUGUUUGAGUAUGUGGAGCAGGUCGUUGUGGCGCCCGCGACGGCCCGCAGCACAAUGAUAAAUACAUCAACGAACUAA